AUGCCUGACCCUUGGAAGCACGUGCUAUCCACGAAAGACCUCUACAAGUGCCUCCUUUCCGAGCGACCUGAUUCUCUCCCAUCUGUUACGCCUAGCUACCUCGAAGCCGGCAAUAAACCAGAAAUCGAACAUUCACAGGAAGGUUCGGCUUGUGCUGAAGGGCUUCGCAGACGUCAUGGUUGUUCUGAAAAUGGUCGAUCCAGUCAGACUCCUAAUCCCACAGGUACUGGAGCACAGCACAAUUCAGAUGAUGCGCAGGCAAGGCACGAUAGGCGCGUAAAGCGAGUGGAGAAGCAGAUGGAGACUGUCUUACAAGAGGCAAAAGCGGACCGUUAUCACGUUUUCAUCUGUUGGGGCAAGCAGAAUGAGUGUGAUAUAUUGGCUGUGGCAAUUGAGAAAGUCAAGUUGGAAAGCCAAAGUGAGCUAUGGAAGGAGAUCCGCCGAGCGUACUACGCAAGCCGUGGCUCGUGGCGCAAGUUUGUGCCUCUCCUCCGUGUGAAGAAUGUGAGCAAGGCAUCGAUAUCCAUAUUAGGUGCGCGAGGAUAUCUGGAGACUUCUGAGGGUGUUCGCAACGCUCGUUUCCUGGGAAUAUGCAGCAAGGACGAGCCCGCGGCCCAGCGGCGGAAGGAACUCGAGACAGCCAAGAAUUCCAUCAAGAAAACCACCGAUUGUUACUACGAUGCAGUCACCGGUAAGACCGAGCAUUUGGACAUCGAGUGUCCAGAGUACUGGGGAGAAAAUGAAGGCUUUUGCCCUACAGAAAGCCUCCACCAUCUGAACGAGGCCCUCUCAACCUUAUCGAUGCGACCCUUCCUGAGUCUUAUGUUUCAUAACCCCACAACAAGCGAAGCUAAUGCGCAGCUCUCGCGAGAGAAGCUUAUAUACAGUCCAUGGUAA